GUUGCCUUGUACAUAUACCUUCGGUGUUGUCAUGGUUUCUCGCCCGAGACAUCCAGAGAGAAUGAGAGGAUAGGUACUGGACGCCUGGUGGUUGUGGAUUGGACGACUCCUGGAUCGGAGGCCACACAACAUGAAGUCCACCACUCCACCGAAACUCGACUCGCUCUCGCAGCUCCUACCAUGUUCCCCGGAGACACCACCCUUCGACUACCCGCCGCCGCCACCGAGGACAGUCACAGCGCGGUUACUCGAAUCAAUAGCAGCGCGAAUGAUCGAAAUGACCCAAAAUGCCGAAUGGACGCAUCCGGACUGGGACUGGCUCGUCGCCCAAGACUACAUUGCAGAAACGCCGACAGCAUCCUUCUCCGGCACCCCCUUCGCCGCAACAGUAGGCAGACAAUCAUUCAUCGACGGCGUCAAGGCGUACAAAGAGGCCUAUCCGGGCUUCCAGGGCCGGCCUUGGAGCAUCGCGGCGGACGUCGAUGAGGUGCACGGCACGGGGCGCGUUUUGGUGCUUUCGCAUGUGCAUGGCAACCCGCCGCCUUUGGUUAUGGAGGGGGUGACGGUUGUGGAUUUUGUUUUGACGAAGCAGGGUUGGAGGGCGGUGAAGCAGAUUACCCUUGGUGGGCCGCGGGCCUUCUGAUGGAUUUGAGCGGUAGGGCUUUUUUGUUCACCUGCCUCGGCGUUUGGAAAUACGCUGCCCGCUAGAAGGAUAGAGGCACUUGGCCCGGUUAUAGGGAGGGGAAGCUGCCUAAUUAGGUAGGAAUGGUGACAAACCGAGGCUGAAAGCACUAAUAAAUCGCUGAUCGCGCUGCUUUCUUCUUGCUCGUCAGUA